AUGGAAGAAGCUGGACAGGACCCAUUGGAUGAUGUGCAGGAGGUGAUGGAAAUACCGAAACUAGAAGUCACAAAGCAGACCCUGGACUUCCUGAACUCAGACCUUGAAAAGGACCUGCAGAGAAUGGAUGAGGCAAAUCAGGUUCUUCUCAAAAAAAUUCAAGAGAAAGAAGAAACUAUUCAAAGUCUGGAAAGAGAUAUCACACUGUCGGUCAGACAAGCCAGAGAGAGGGAGGAGCUGAACCACUUCAUAUCUAAGAAGGAGGAAGCCCUGCGGGACCUGGAAUUAGAGACGGCAAAGCUGGAAAAAAAUAAGGAAAUUCUAAGCAGGAGCGUGGUGGAGGUGCAGAAGGAGAUUUCAAGGAAAUGUAAGAAUGCUGGCCUGGAUAAAGAAGCCCUAAAGCAGAUGCUGGCAGAAUUGAAGGUGAAACUACAGAAGUCAACAGAAUCCUGUGCCAGUCAAGAGAAGGAACUGGUCAAGAUAGAGAGUGACUAUCAAUCUGUGUAUCAGCUCUGUGAGGAUCAGGCCCACUACAUAAAGAAAUACCAGGAAAUUCUGAGACAGAUGGAAAAGGAAAAAGAGAUGCUUCUUCUUGAAAAAGAAGUCCAAAGAUGGAGAAGCUCUAUACAGUCAGCAAAAACAAGACCAGGAGCUGACUGUGGCUCAGAUCAUGAACUCCUUAUUGCCAAAUUCAGACUUAGAUUGAAGAAAGUAGAGAAAGCCAUUAGACCAUUCAGAUGCAAAGCCCAGAACAACUCCGUCCAAAUAGUGAAACCGGGGUCAACUCUGGUGGAGACAAUCCAAAGCAAUAUGGAGAAGACCAUCAUUAAGAAACAGAAGAGAAUCUUUUGGUACAGGCAUUUCAGGUAUUUUAUCUUCAUGGUCAUGAUCUUCUUUAGGCUGCUGGGUUACAUGCUUUUCUACCUGCAGUACAUAAACCCAGACCUCCUUGUGGAUGCCCUGCCCGUGGUCAUGAGCAGAGAAACCUUGAAGAGACUGCGGGAUGCCUUAUUUCCCUUCCUCACUCUAGAGGUGGAAGAAGUUCUACCACAUUAG